CUCACCGAAUCCACUCUCCUCUCUACCUCACACAUCCCUCAUACACAUCAUGGCCACCAAGAUCCUCCGCACCGCCGCCGCCCCCAACGUCGCACCCACCGAGGUCGAGACCCAGGUGGGCCAGGCCCUCAUCGACCUGGAGAGCAUCGGAGAGCUCAAGGCCGACCUGCGAGCCCUCAACUUCAGCGCUGCCAAGGAGGUCGACGUCAAGGGUGGCAGGAAGGCCAUUGUCAUCUUCGUCCCCAUGCCUCAGCUCAAGGCUUUCCACAGGAUCCAGAGCAGGCUCACCCGUGAGCUGGAGAAGAAGUUCUCUGACCGCCACGUUCUGUUCAUUGGCCAGCGCCGAAUCCUUGGCAAGCCCACCCGCAACUCGCGUGUCAAGCAGCCCCGACCUCGUUCGCGCACCCUGACCUCUGUGCACAACUCGAUCCUUGAGGACCUGGUCUACCCCACUGAGAUUACCGGCAAGAGGACUCGUGUUGCUACCGACGGUUCCAAGGUCAUCAAGUGCUUCCUGGACUCCAAGGACGCUACCUCGCUGGAGUACAAGCUGGACAGCUUCUCGAGCGUCUACCGCAAGCUGACUGGCAAGGACGUGACAUUCAUGUUCAGGGACAGCGAAUAAAUGCGAGUCGUGAAUGGUGUGGGACGAGGGGAGGAUGACAAGCAUUGCUUCUAGCUGGCAGUCGACUUUUGGGCGUAGUGCAUAGAGGUGGUGUGCAAGUGCCGUCCGG